AUGCGCUCAGCGCGUACCCUCAUCCGCGCUGCUCCCACAGCCAUCAACAUCACCCGUCUACCGCAAACACCAACAACACCUCGCCGACUCAUCUCAACCUCUAUCCCCCGAUUCUCCGCUGCCGCUCAGGAAGAACCCGACCUUCCCUCUAUGAGCCCCGCCGAAGCUGCCAUUGCCGAGAUUCUGUCCGAGAAGCUCUCCCCUACCGAAUUGCUCGUCCAGGACGUCUCGGGUGGUUGCGGGAGCAUGUACGCCAUCGAUAUUACAUCGCCUGCUUUCAAGGGCCAGACAAUUCUCAAGCAGCAGCGCAUGGUUAAUGCUGCUUUGGGCGAUCUUGUCAAGAGCUGGCACGGAGUUCAGAUCAGGACAAAGGUGGCUUAA